AUGGCGUCCACAAGCUCAACACCCGACGCUCCGAUAACCACCUCUGAGCAGAACUUCACCAAUCCACCAAAUUAUACCUUCCCCCACCAUCGUCUCGUACUGGACCAGCGCUAUGAGGACCGAACACCCAUUGUGCUCGUUGCCUGUGGCUCCUUCUCACCAGUCACCUAUCUCCACCUACGCAUGUUCGAGAUGGCGAAGGAUUAUAUUCGACAAAAUACGGAAUUCGAGGUCAUGGGCGGCUAUAUGAGCCCUGUGUCGGACCAGUACAAGAAGCCUGGAUUGCUCAGCGCAACGCAUCGUGUCAACAUGUGCACACUCGCCACCGAGCAGACCUCGAACUGGCUGAUGGUGGAUGCAUGGGAGGCCGUGCAGACAUACCAGCGCACGGCUGUCGUGCUCGAUCACUUCGAGCAUGAGAUUAAUGACAAGAUCGGCGGCGUGCGUUCCCCCUCGGGCGAACAGCGCCGCGUCCGCGUUAUCCUACUCGCCGGCUCAGACCUCAUUGGUACUAUGUCCCAACCAGGCGUGUGGUCCGAGCGCGAUCUCGAUCACAUUUUGGGGAAGUACGGCACAUUCAUCAUCGAACGUGCAGGCUCGGACAUGGACCAGGCAACCGAGGCGCUUGCGCGCUGGAGACACAACAUCUUCUUCAUACCCCAGCUCAUCCAGAACGACGUCAGCAGCACCAAGGUCCGCCUGUUCCUCCGCCGCGGCCUGUCCGUGCGAUACCUUUUGCCCGGUCCGGUGGUCGAUUACAUCGAAGAGAACCACCUCUACACCGACGAGGCAACAGCCGCUCAAACUGCAGACAAGGGCGACGGCAAGGACGGCGCCGGCCGCAGCGGUCGGAGAGGCAGCAGCACGUUGCACGCACCGCCGUCAGUCAUCGCGAGCUCAUGA